GGAUUAACCAGAUUAAUUUCUGAAUUUCACAAAAUGCAAGUAAAUUUAGAAAACAUCGCAACGCGAUGGCGUGUUCUCUUCAGAUCGUUCUCCCUGCCAUCCUGGCUUGCGCCUACGCUAGUACGUCGCUGGUCUAUGCCAAAUUGGUGCCCGGUGCCCCGAUCGGUUUGGACGGUCGCGUGGUGGACACCGCGGAAGUCGCGUUGGCCAAGGCCGAGCAUGCGGCCGCUCACGUCAACGAGAAGAUUAACUUGGCCGCUGAAGCCGUCAGGUCGGCCGACCAGCACGUGCUCGCUUACGUUGCGCCGUCCAGCGCGGCCGUGAUUGGUAGCGCAGCGCAGCUAGUGGAACCGGUCGCGGUGACGACGAAAUUGGUCCCCGGUGCACCGAUCGGGCUCGACGGACGCGUCGUCGACACGCCGGAAGUGGCCCUCGCUAAGGCGGAACAUGCGGCGGCGCACAUCAACGAGAAGCUCAGCCACGAAGCCGCGAGAUCGGUUUACCACGAGCAGCCGGUCGUCGUCCUGGACCGCAGCGCGCCGCUCGUUCAUUACUACUUUCGAACACAAAACACCGAACCGACGCCCGACCCGGGUCCCUCACUCCUGGGAGCGAGUACUGACGGACGCAGCAGCGCUCUUUUUAUCGGGAGGAAGGUGUGUGGGAGUUCAGCGAAGGAUACACGCCCCUGGAUCGUCAUGAGAGGCCUGAUUUGCCUGCUCGCCGUGGCGGUGGCCUGCAGAGCCGCGUACGUCGGUUCGCCCCCGUACGGGAACCCCCUGGUUCACCAUCAACAGGUCGCGCCGAGCUUCGCGCCACCCGCUCCGGUCGGCGAGGACGGCAACGUGAUCGACACGCCGGAAGUGGCGCAGGCGAAGGCCGCGCACUUCGCCGAAUUCGCGAAGGCCGCCGCCCGCGCUGCCCAGGACCAGAAGAAUCAGCAACACUUCUCCGAUUACAAUCAGAUCUCGUCGCCCACGUACAGCUACUCGGCGGCUCAGCCGACCGCGGUGCCUUAUCUGAGACAGGCCAGCUACCAACAGCCCACUCCGAUCUACCAGACGGCUAAUCACGUGCCGGCGCCCGUCUACGCCCCGGUGAAUUACCAGCAACCCCAGCAGUACAACGCACGGGCUAACUUCGUGGGGCAGAAGAGCUACGCGCUGCCGGCGAAGACCACUACCUUCGUGCCGGCACCGUUGGCCGAUGACGGGACGGUCCUGGACACGCCGGAAGUGGCGGCCCUGAAGGCGGCCAGGCUAGCCGAGCUCGCCGAGGCCGAGGCUCGGGCUUACAAACACGCGAGCGAGCAUCCGAACGAGGAGCAGGGUCAAGCCUUUCCCGGAGCCGAGCCCGCCCCCGUCAACUACAAUUCCAACGUGGGGCACUACAGCGCACCGCGGGCAUUCCCGGGUGCUCAGCCCUACGCCACGCAGCAAGUGUACAAUCCGUCAUCAGGUUACCAGCCACACCAUUAUCAGUCCCCGCAUCUGAUAGGAACCUACUGAAUCUAGCGGAUCGCGGUCGAUCGACAUGUUCCGGUGCCUGUACAUACUCUAGAUGAAUAAAUUGUUUUCCUUUCCUACGAAUUUAUCAUGCUUUUCGCAGAUCAAUCGCUUGUACAUCUCUUCUCUGUUACGAAAAUUGCGAUGUAUAGAGACUGCCGGAAAAAAAUUCCAUUCACAAUGGAAGGACGAACAUUGUUCUCCGUCCCAAUCCCCAUCUCUCUCUCUGUGUCUCCUUUUCUCUUUCUAUUUCAACAUGAUUGUGUGAUCACUAUUUAUUUAAAUUAUAUUAAAUUCUGUGUCUGUAUCAAUCGUUACGUUAAAAGUGGGAGGUACAAGUUGAUUAUGACGAUACCAGUGCAUUAUGUGUAAAAUAGUUAGUAAUCUACGCGAUUACAAAAGAAUACGUUGACUAAUACUUCUAACUCGUUGUCAAAUAGGUAAUU